CUCGUCCUCCCUCCCUCCUCUCUCUCUCUCUCUCUCUCCCCCCCCCCCCCCUGUUCUGCCCGCAGGGACAGUGUGGCUUUGGCGACGCAAAAGGAUGGGGUGCGGGAAGUGUUGGGUCCGAGCUUGCUGCCGCCGAGCCCCAUUCUUGGCUACACGCUGCGAAAAGAGGGACUUAUCGACGAGUCGGUGCGCCCGCCGCAAACUCUCUCUUCGCAAGACCUGCGAUUGCUCACUGCCAAGCUUUCCUCAGUGGAGCAGCAGGUAAGGUACAGUGCGGAGACGCGGUUUACGCAGCAGGUCCACAAUAGGGAACGACGCGGUCUUGAGCUCAUUGUCAGCCUGUGCUUGUACAUGUGCGGUUUGUAUCUCACGCUGUGGAAGGCGCCUCGUUUGUAUUUCGGUAUGACACCGCGAAGUAGUGUUUUUUUUUUUACACGGCUUCUCUUGUUGAUGCGAUGGGACCUGCCUGAGGUUGAGAAGGAGAGAAUGACACGGAAUCACAGUUGGUUGUUUCAGCCGACGAAUGCACGGGUCGCGUUAUCGUUCUUGACGGGUUGCACACUGACAGCCAUUGCAGUCGCUACACGGCCAACGCUCGACGUGUUGGAUGUCGGCCCCGACGUCGAACUGGGGAAACAAUCUGUUGGCUUUCAAAAGCACUCGGAGGCCGUGCUACGGUGGCUGUGA